AUGCCGGCAGCAGACGAAAUCACCCCAGGCCUCGAAAGUUCCCUAACCUCCCAGUGGCUAAUAUGCGUCAGCUGCGGGACCCAAUACCCUACGACCUCGCGGUCGAGGCAAAAGACGUGCUUCAUCUGCGAUGACCCCCGACAUUACACGCCUCCGGCCGGCCAGAGCUUCACGACCAUGGCGGCGCUGCGUGCCUCGGGCCACCGCAACGUUUUUGUGCCGUAUGAUCCGUCGUACCCGGGACCUAUGUCUCCGCCAUCUCCCACCACCUCCGUCGCGUCGUCUGCGGUGGAUUCCAACUCCUCCGUGACCAUGCCUUCAUCGGAUCUGUUGAUCAACCGCCGCCGCCCGAUAGUGAGGCCCGAUAGCUGGAAGCGAAUCGGGCCCCCUUCCAGCAGCAUAUGCAACAACAACAACAACAACAACAACGACGACAACCACAACAACAACAAUACCAACAGUAACAGCAAUUCCAAGCCCGAGAGGUUGUCUCCGCAGCCUCAAAAACAGAAGAGAUAUCAUCCGCAUGGCGCCAUGAUAAGCAUCGUGACUAAGCCUGUGUUUGCCAUGGGCCAGCGCUGCAUUCUUGUUCACACACCCGCCGGCAACAUCCUCUGGGACUGCAUCACGCUGCUCGACGACGACACGGUGGAGCGCAUCCGGUCGCUCGGCGGCCUGGCCGCCAUCGUCAUCUCGCACCCGCACUUCUACACGGCGCACGCCGAGUGGGCCGCCGUCUUUGGCUGCCCGGUGUUCCUGGCCGCCGAGGACAGGAAAUGGGUCGCGCUCGAGAUACCGCUGCACGUCUUCUUGGGCAACAGCAAGACGGAUCAGAUCAUGCGCCGCUCCCACGAGAUCAUCAUCGAGGGCGUCCGCUCGGGUUUCGUCGCCGUCAAGCUGGGUGGCCACUUCCCCGGGAGCAUGGUCGCCCACUUUGACGGCCGCCUGCUCAUCUCCGACACCCUGCUCACGACCCCUGCCGGCCUGGGAGGGUGGGAUGCCGAUGCCGCGGGGAACGUGAGGUCGAGGCCGGCGGGGGUCAACACCUUUGCCUUUAUGUGGAGCGGCCCCAACUCAGUCCCGCUGUCGGCGGAAGAUAUCAGCAGGAUUUGGGAAGUGCUCAAGAGGUACCAGUUCAAGAGCACGCAUGGUGCAUUCCUCGGGGAGGACAUUGAGGAUGCCACCGGAAUGAAGAGGCGGGUUUUGGAGAGCAUUCAAAUCCAAAUCAGACGCAUGGGUUGGACUUAUAGCCCGCUCUUGACCGAGUCCGUACCCUCAUUAAUUUAA